AUGUUUAUCUACGCUGCAACUCUAUUUCUCUUGACCCUUCCUUCUGUUACAGGCACUUGUCACGCGGACAACUGCUAUCGUGCAAUUAAGUUCUAUCAGACGGCAACAGCAACUGAGUUCUGUAGCGAGUACCUUGAUCAUGCAACUGUAGCGCCCUCCCAAUUCGCAUCUUGUGGCCCCUCCAGGCUCUCCAGUGCGUGUAGCUGUCUUGCAUCAAGCACUUCCACCUCCGUUCCAAGCACCACCACUUCGCCAACCCCAAUAGAGCUAAUUUCCAACGGCGGCUUCGAAUCCGGAAAUACUAGCCCAUGGGCGGUUGCGCCUGGUUCGGGCUACGUGAGGAUAACCGAUAACGAGCAAAGCACAGUCAACUUUCCAUUCGAAGCUCACAGCGGCGAAAAAUUCGCCCAGAUCGGUAACAGCGGUGAUGAGAACCCCACGACCCUUUCUCAGUCUGUCAGCUUGACAAGCGGGAUAAACUACUCUUUCAAGGCGUUCUAUAGUGUGCUGGAUCUACCGCUGAGUAGCUGCUACUUGCAGGCUUCCAUCGACGCGAAUCCCUUCGCGCUGGCGACCAUUUACUCUGGCGCGGGCGGGGGCAACCCCCCUCGCUACUAUCUAUUAUCCGGGAGUUUUACGGCUUCAACCACAGGAAUAAGCAAUCUGGCUGUAGCACUGUGGUGUGAUUAUUCUAGUAUAGGGGGUGUCUUUGGCCUAGACGAUGUUAGCCUGCUCUAA